AUGAACGACACCUGCGGCCCCUCCGGUGUCCCCGUCUGGUCCCCGGCAGUCACGCACGUCCUCUACAGCUACACGGGCGCCCUGCUGGUGCUGGGCCUGCUGCUCAAUGGCCUGGCGCUCUGGGUGUUCUGCUGCCGCAUGCAGCGGUGGACGGAGACCCGCGUCUACAUGACCAACCUGGCGGUGGCCGACCUCUGCCUGGUCUGCAGCCUGCCCUUCAUGCUGUACACGCUGCAGCACCCCGCAGGGGUGGACACACUGUUCUGCCAGCUCUCACAGGCCGUCUACCUGACCAACAGGUACCUGAGCAUCAGCCUGGUCAUGGCCAUUGCUGUGGACCGCUACGUGGCAGUGAAGCACCCACUGUGUGCCCGCAGGCUCCGCUCCCCGCAGCAGGCCGCGGCCGUGUGUGCGGUCCUCUGGGUCCUGGUGACCGUCUUCCUGGGGCUCCGCUGGUUCCUGGGGGUGCAGGAGGGUGGCUUCUGCUUCACGAGCCGCUCCCGCAACUUCAGCACGGUGGUGUUCCCGCUGCUGGGCUUCUACCUGCCGUUGGCCGUGCUGGUCUUCUGCUCUCUGCAGGUGGUGACUGCCCUGGCCCGGAGGCCGGCCUCUGGCCCGGCGCAGGCAAAGGCCACCCUCAAGGCCACCCGCAUGGUCUGGGCCAACCUGGUUGUGUUUGUGGUCUGCUUCCUGCCCCUGCACGUGGUGUUGACGGUGCAAGUCCCCGUGGGGUUGCACGUCCAUCCUGGCUGUGGCAUCCCGGCCGCUCUCCGCAGUGCCCUUUUGGUCACCAGCAAGCUCUCAGAUGCCAACUGCUGCCUGGACGCUGUCUGCUACUACUACAUGGCCAAGGAGUUCCAGGAGGCGUACGCUGUGGCUGCAGACCCCGGUGCCAAGGCCCACAGGGGCCAGGACUCUCUGUGUGUGUCCCUUGUCUAGGAAACAUGCCACAAGUGACGUGGACCAGGGCUCUGGGUUUCCUGGAGGCGCUUCCUGCCGCUGAAGGAGCCCCAAGAUCAGCCCUGAGGUCACAGCGGGCUGUGGGCACACACCACGUGGCCCAGGUGGGCAGGGAUGACCCAGGCAUGGAGCCUGGAGGGCUUCCCUGCUCCCUUGGGGUCAGAGACAAGGGCAGAAUCUGAGGCCAGACCAAGGCCGACCCAGGGACCCUGAGAUGGGGCCACACACCCACCACCUCCGAGCUGGGCGUAGUGCCAGGCAGGGUGGGGCCUUGCUGGCAGGCUUUCUGCUGCUGCCCCCGGGCUGGAAUAAAGCUCU